CCGAAAACGACUGGGCUCCGGACAUCGAGCUGCAGCUCAACCCCAUCCCGAUCCAGCUACUCGGGCAAAUUGCCAAUCAGGUCAGCGUACAGGCACAGAUGAAGGCACAGAAGCAAAUGGAACGGGAGAAAGCCGCUGCCGCUGCCGCGCAAAAUGAAGACCAAGGUCAAGCUCCUGGAAAGGACGGCGCAGAACAGGCCCAGACUGAAGGUUACCCGGCGACAGAUGGAGCGCAGGCCGUGCAGCCGGAGCCGAAGCAAGGGGAAGGGCGAGAUGUGGA